ACUAUUUUAUUGCAAUGCGAUUAUUUCUAAGAAAUCUCCACGAUUGAAGUUUUUCUUCUUUUUUCAUUUUAUUGAUCAAUGUGUUAGUGUGUUAUAGCUACAUGAAGUAUUAAAUCUUUGUGAAUUUUGUGAAGCUAGUGAAUCGAUUUUUUUUUUUUUUCCGUGUAUUUUGGACAUUAAGAAAAAAAUGAAUUAUGUACAUAAAAACUGCGUUUGGUGAUUGGUCUGAAGUGAGAGUUAUACUUGAAUUUAUCUUUUUUGUUUCUGAAUUUGAUGUCAAUUGUAGAUAUCUAUUCUCAGUAUGGUUACUUAACUAUGUACAAAAAGAACUUGAAUGGACUGGGUUCAGAAUAACUUUGUGCACCAGAAACCCUAUGAUAUGGUCAAUUUUCAUUUGAUAUAAUCAGUUUUUAUAUAAUAUAAUCAUCUUUUAUAUAGUCAGUUUUUAUAUGAUAUAGUUAAAUUUUCUGAUUUAGUCAGUUUUCGUAUGAUAUAGUCGGUUUUUCUUCUAAUAUAGUCAGUUUUUGUGUGAUAAAGGAAGUUUGGGUGCAUAAUAAAUUGUGUGAACUCGGUCCAUCCAAGACAUUUUGAACUAUGUAUAAAAAUGUUUUUGAGAUCGACAAGAAUCCUUAGGAAAGGAUCAUGAUAAGGACUCGGUUUAGGAGAAAGGGAAUUGAUAUGUGGAAUUCCACGUUUUAGAAUCUUUUGAAGUAUACAGUUUGUUAACUACCGCUGGUAAAUCAUAAUUUAAAAUAGAACUUUUGUAGGGAAUUGUGUUUGGGACUUAAUUUUGUUAUAGUAAUGCUAGAAUUUUAUGUGUCAUCAAGCUAGCUCCUCAGUCCAACCUAAUUCUCACCAGAAGGCAGCUUAUUGCUUAAAUGCAAUCGAUAGCAGCUGCUUGCCGGCGACAAUCUGGUUGAUAUAUGUGUAUUCUGUGUUGAUUUAGUUGGGAAAAUUGGCAGGGGCUGCAAGAUAUGGUUAAAUCGUUUCACCGUUGAUAAAGAUGAAGAAAUUCAUUGUUUGUGUAAUUUGUAAUGGUGCUCUAUUUUGCCUGUAUUGAGCUUUAAUUAUGUGGAAGUUUAAGCCCUUUACGCAUAAGGAACCGACAGGACUUGAAGGCCGCUAUAUUGAUAUUGGUGACAUUAAAGUUCAUGUUAAGAAUGUCAUUGCUGAGGGAGGAUUCUCUUGUGUUUACUUGGCUAAAGGUGCAUUGAAUGCGUCCAAGCAGUAUGCUUUAAAGCAUAUCAUAUGCAAUGACCAGGAAUCGUUAGAUCUCAUAAUGAAGGAGAUCCAAGUGAUGAAAUUUCUUAAAGGACAUCCUAAUGUAGUUACGCUUCAUUCUCAUACUAUAUUGGACAUGGGUAGGACAAAGGAAGCUCUUCUUCUGAUGGAAUAUUGUGAGAAAUGUCUGGUACAUAUUUUGGAGGGUAGAGGAAGCGGUUAUUUUGAUGAGAAACAAGUCCUAACAAUUUUUAGGGAUGUUUGUAAUGCAGUUUUUGCAAUGCAUUGCCAUUCUCCACCAAUUGCCCAUCGUGACUUGAAGGCUGAGAAUCUUUUGCUGGGCUCAGAUGGGAUAUGGAGAUUGUGCGACUUUGGAAGCACGUCUACCAAUCACAAGCGCUUUGAAAAACCUGAAGAAAUGGGAAUCGAAGAAGACAAUAUCAGGAAGCACACAACACCUGCUUAUAGGGCGCCUGAGAUGUGGGAUCUGUACCGAAGAGAUCUUAUAAGUGAGAAGGUGGACAUAUGGGCUCUUGGUUGCUUGCUCUAUCGUAUAUGCUAUCUCAAAUCUGCAUUCGAUGGUGAGUCAAAGCUGCAGGUUCUGAAUGAGAAUUAUCGCAUCCCAAAUUUACCAAAAUACGGUGCGCCUAUUACUGAUUUAAUACGAGAUAUGCUUAACUCUUCCCCGGACUCAAGACCAGACAUCACACAGGUCUGGUUUCGUGUCAAUGAACAAUUGCCUGUUGGAUCACAGAAGUCAUUACCUGAUCAAGCACCUCAUAUGCGUGAAACAGCUUUAGACAUCUCUGAAGGAAUGAUUAAGACACUGUCUAGAUGUUCAAAUAUUGCGUGUCAGAGAAGCCCAUCACCCGUGCGAUCAUCAGAUAAAUCAAUUCAUAUGUCAACUUCAAACGCUUCUUGGGAUGGGACUGGAGGGGAACCACUUGGUGCCUUUUGGUCAACAGAGUAUGCUAAGGAAACUCUUGUCCCUCAGGACAAAGGUUUACCAACAUUUAAUGAUGAAGUAUCAACCUUCAAAGAAGAUAGAAGCCGAGUAAAGAAACAUAAUGUGCCUGAAAAAGUUGGCCCUUCUGGGAGGGACAACAGGCAAGCUAAUCCAGUGAUUUCAAGUAGCACUACAACUUUUGAUAAUGAGGCUUUCAACACCUUUGUUGCUGAGUUUGAUACGUCUAUUCUCAGCCCUAUUAGCAGUGGCACGAAAUUGGGGACGGACAGCUCUUUGGAGGCUGGGAUAGGUAGGUUACGGGAGCAAUUGAAGCAAGCUAAUGCGGAAAUAGCAGAGAUGACUUCUAAGUAUGAUAAGCUUACUGCAAUCUGUAGAUCACAGCGACAUGAAUUAAAGGAGCUGAAGCAGGCCUUGGCUGCCAGAAGUUCAUCACCAAAAAGGGAGGCCGCCAGGAACCAGUCAUCCUCCAGAUAUCAAGCGACCAAUUCUCAGAGAGUGAAAAUUGAAGGCACGGUAUGGGAGCUCCAAGAAGGUUUGUUUGACAAGAAUUCCACAAACCCAGAACCAAAGACAUGGCAAGCCUUUGCGAAUGAUACCAGUACACCAACAUCUAUAGGUCAUCCUUCCAAGUCCGUUAAGAAUAGGAGCGGUCACUCCAGCAAACAAGAUGCUUCAGUUGGAUCAACCAAAAAUGGAUGGGGAUUUGGUAAUGAUAACUUCGCUGCAGUUUCCGCUGCCAGCUCUCGGAUCAUUCGACCUGGUGCAGGCAGUACUUCACUACGUUUUGGAGAUUCAAAUAAGUUAGCAAGCAAGAAUACGGCCUCUCAACCAGCAGGCUGGGCUGGUUUCUAACUUUCUUCAGGAAGAAAAUAUAGUCAUUUUGUUAUAAUACUCAGUAUGAUUUUGCAUGAUGAAACGUCAUAUAGUUACAUGAUAAUAUGAGAUUCCUUAUUAUAUUUA